AUGAAUUAUAAUGGGGAGUUACAGAGAAAUUUUACACUAUCCGAUUCAAAUUCUUCAGUAAACUCUUCAGAUUCAUUUCACUCUACAAUCAGUAGUAAAUGUGAACGCAUAGAAGAUACUCAGAAAGAUUUAAGAUUAUUUCCUAAUUUAUCUAUAUUAAGGAAUCUUCGAUCUCGUAUUAAUUAUUUAAAGUUAAAGAUGGGAGUCAAAAUAAAUAGAAUGAUAAAAUUAGUAGUUAAUGAAAAUUAUGGAAUGUUUAGGAGAUUUGCAAAAGUAGAUAUAGAAGAUUUUAAUGAAGAUAAUAGAGUAUCUAUUUCUGAGGAUAAAGUGAUACAAAAUAAUGAAGAUAAAAUAAAUAGUAAUUUAACAGAUUUUUUAACAAAUGAUAAUAAUUUCAAUGAUAAUAAAGUAAUAUAUAAACAAAAUAUUGAUAAUAAUGAGGAUAUAUCUCAAUAUAUACCAUUAAUUAGUAAAGAUACUGAUUCUAAUUUAUUGAGAGAUAUUCAUCCAUUAUUAUCUAAUAAUACUUCCUUAUAUAUAAAUAUUGAGAAUUUUUUAAAGGAACGUUUUGAUAAAUUUGAAAAUAGACGUAUAGAAUUCAAUGAUUUCUUAAGAUGUAAUAAACAAGAUAAUUUAGAUAAAUUUGAUUGGUUAAAUUUAAAACGUAAGAAAUAUAGAGAAUUUGCAUCUUCUUUAAGUGAAGUAAGCUUAGAUUGUCUAUUAACUAAUCCAAUAGAAUCUAAUUGUCAGUUAGUACAUAAUAAAGAAGGUGUUAGAGUAUGGAAGAAAGAGUAUGGAGCUGGACGUUUAUUAUUAAGGACAGAAUUUAUAGUACCUAUAAAUCCGAAAGAUUAUGUUGCAUUUUCUUCUAACAGUAAUCAAAGAAAAAUAUAUGAUAGCAAUACAUCUGAUAUAAGAAAUUUGGAAAAUAUUGAGUCUGGUUUAGAUAUAAUUUAUGUUGCUUCAAAACGAAUUGGUACAAUAUAUCCUAGGGAUUUAGUAAAUAUAAGAUUUAUACAUGCAUUAGAUGCUAGAAAAGAUCUUAGUGUAAUAUUUAAGGAUGAUGCAGAUAAACUAGGUAAAGACUCUAGCAAUUUACUUUGGGCAUCAUGCACUUGUUCAGUAGAUCAUCCAGAUAUUCCAGAGAAACCAGGACUUGUUCGUAUGGAUUCAAGAAUUGGAAGUUAUAUAGCAGUUCCAAUAAAAACUCCUUUUGGUCUAUGGAGUAAUAUUGCAAUGUUUAAUGAAGGUAAUCCAAAAGGUUGGAUUCCAUCAUCUGUUACAAGAUUAUUAGCAGCUAAAAUUAUUCCUGGAUCUAUUGAGAAAUUGUUGGCUACAAUGUUUUCUUAUUAUGGAAUAAGUCUUGAUUCAGAUAAUAAAUCAUAUUCUGGUUUUGCAUAUCGUAAACUUAUAUCAUUAUUCACAUCUGAAAUGAAGUUAUAUAAUCAAGUAUUUCGGAAUAUUGAAAAUUCUGAAUAUUUGAUUCAAAAUAAUGCCAAUAAUUUAGGUUUAUUUAAGAGAUGUGAAGUUAAUAAGAAUUUGAAAAUUUUGCAAUUAGAAGAAAUUGAAUAUAAAAAACGAAAUUCGGAAGAAUAUAGAAAUUUAUUAUCAGAUAAUAUGGAGACUAGAAAAGAAUCACAAGAAUAUCAAAUUAAUAAAUAUAAUAAUGAAUUACAGCUUAAUUUGAAUAUAUCUGAUCAUGAAGAUAAUACUAAUUCAAUAUCUAGAUCAAAAUUUUUUGAGGAAUAUUUUUCUUAUGAUAUAUCAGAAUUUUUGGAUAAAUUUUAUAGUUUUAAUUUAUUGAGAAAGAUGAUUUUAUCUACGUACUUAGUUAAUAAAUCUAGGACAAAUAAACAAGAUAUGAAAGAUUAUUUGAAUUCAAUAUCUAGUCCAAAAAGUGGAAAUAUGGAAUUAAAAGGGUGUCUAGAUAAUUAUAGGAAUUUCUCAAGAUGGAGAUUACUUGAUACUAUUGACACAAAAAAAGUAACUCAAAAUAAAAAAUUUACUAAUAGUAUCAAUUCUCCAGAAAUUAUAAGUUCUUCAUCACCUAUAUUACCAUUAACAUUAGAUAUAUCUGAAGUAAAUUAUGAUACUUUGAAAUUGUAUAUGGAUGCCUCUACAAUUGAUCUUACUCCAAUUUCAGAAAAUAAACUUACUUUGGAAGAAUCUAUAGAUAUUGAUAAGAGAAAAAUUCCUUAUGAGCAAGAUAAUAUAGAGAUUUUAGCUAAAAAUAAUUUAUUAGAGAAUAUAUCGACACUUUCAAGUCCUAAACAAUUAUAUAGAAGAAUUAGUCCAUCAUCGCCUAUAUUUGUACUAGCAGAAAUAUUUGAUUUAAAUGAUAGUUACUUGAUAGAUCAAACUUUUUAUCUUGAUGGUUUAGAUUCAGAUAUAGAUCAAAGUUGA